GGUCUUCCCGUGUCAAAGCUGACCCGGCUGUGCUGUCAUGUCUUUGUUGCUGUGUUGUGCAUCAUCUGUGGUGACUAGUAGAGCGAAAUAGAUGGAAAAGAAACAGUUAUCUGUACAAGAAAAAACAUUUUAAACCUUCCCCACAACAGGUUCGUCUAAGUGUUUAACACUGGUAAGUUGAGCACGAUUUCUUUCGGGGGAACCUCAGAGGAAGCGAAGCCAUUCAUUCAUGCUAAGUUAGCUGAACAGCUAGCCGUUGGCUAACAUUAGCUGCACUUGUGGCAUUAUUACUGAAUUGUUGACAAUACUAUUCAUAAUAUCGCCCGGAAGACGAUAUGGCCUUAGCCAGAGUGAGAUAGCUACAAAAGAGUAGCUUUAGCUGCUACACGUGUAUUUUAAAUUUGUUUUAGAACGGCAAAUUGGUAGCCGUACGAGUUAGCUGCUAAGUUAGCAUAGCUAUAAAAGAAGGGGGAAACAUUAUAGCAGGCUGAGACGUGUAAUCGGAAUUUCAUAUUUAGCAUAUUUGCUGUUAUAUUUUUCAUAAGAUAUGGACUGCAUAUCGGUGUUUUAACUUUAUUUUAAUGUCCGACCACCAUCUAAGUUAUCCAUUGUUGAUAUUGUUUAUGAUGUGGGUUAUCUUUUGUUGCUAACUUCACAGUUUGUCCACAAUGUCCUGACACAUGCAUUCAGUUUCAUACACUGACCGAUUUAUAUGCUAAAGCGCAUCACUUAGCUGUGUUUCCUCAACGUCCGUAUCGAUUUAUUUAAUAAAGUCAAACCACCCAAAAGAUGGAAGAAAAGCUGAAUGGAUCAUUCCCUGUUGUCUCCCCGGAGUAUCUUCAUCAGUGGGUUCAGUCUGCACAGCAGUUUCAAGCUCUCCAGGCCCAAUAUUCUGGCCUGAACCCCAACCAUCACUUUCACUACCCGGAGGGGCAAACAGGAGAGACAGCUAUGGCACAUAUGGCUGAUCCAGAAGCCAUGAUGGAGCAGCAGGAGCCUGCCAACCUGGCGAAACCCCCAGCCAAAAAGAGAGGCAGACGCGCUCAACCCAAGGAACCCCAGCAGCCGAAACCACCAAAAGUCCCCAAGGCAGCAAAGCCACCGAAGGACCCAAAUGCACCAAAAGCCAAACCUGGUCCUAAGCCGAAGAAGGGCACUGAAUCUCAGACAGAUGGCAAGCAAGAGAAGAUUGAUGAAAGCUUUAAGAAAGUGAAGAGGAAAAUUGACCGCUUCAAGGGAAUGUCAGAGGAGGAAGUCAUGAAAAAAACUCUGCCAGACCUGCUGGAUUACAACCUGGACUAUGUCAUUAUUGGUAUCAACCCAGGCCUGAUGGCAGCUUACAUUGGACGGUGGUUUCCAGGUCCUGGAAAUCAUUUUUGGAAGUGCCUGUUUCUGUCUGGAUUUACUGAGGAGCAACUCAACCACAUGCAUGACAGCACCCUGCCUGUCAAGUACAAAAUGGGCUUCACCAACAUGGUGGCCAGGGCGACUCCAGGGAGCAAAGAUCUCUCAAGUAAAGAGUUGCGUGAAGGAGGCAAGAUUCUCGUAGAGAAGCUGAAGAAAUUCAGACCUCUUAUUGCAGUUUUCAAUGGAAAAUGUAUCUAUGAAAUGUUCUGCAGAGAGCUGUUUGGAAAAAAACCAAACAAGCUUGAAUUUGGUCUGCAGCCCCACAAGAUCCCCGACUGUGAUGUGGCUCUGUUUCUGAUGCCUUCAUCAAGCGCUCGUUGUGCUCAGUUCCCUCGUGCUCAGGACAAAGUCCACUUUUACAUCAAACUGAGGGAGCUCAGAGAUCACCUGAAGGGUAUCCGAAAAACCACAGAGAUUGAGGAGGUUGCGUACUCAUUUGACCUGCAAAUGGCCAAGGAGGAUGCCAAGAGGAUGGCGAUAAAGGAGGAGCAGUACGAUCCCGGUUAUGAAGAAGCCUAUGGUGGAGCAUAUGCAGAGAGGGGACCUGAAGGGGGCCAAGCACAAAGUCAGACCAACGGUCACUGUACAUUCUCAUCUGCAGAAAACCAAGAUGGAGCGCAGGAGGCGGCCACGUCACAAACGGGAGAAGGCCAGCUCCCGGACGGACAGUGGAUGACCCAGUCCUUUGCAGAUCAGAUCCCAGACAUCAGCGGUGGGCCAAAGGACGGCAGCAUAUAAGAAAAAAGACUUCUUUUGUCAGGUUUUAGAUUGUUUUCCAUUUUAUUAGGGUUCGAGUGGGACAUAGAUUGACUUUUUUUUAUUUUUUUUUUUUUUCAAGAUUUUGCAGAAUAUUCUUUCUGCACUUUUUACUUUUCGGUCUUGUGUACACAUCUGAUCAUCUUCACGACAGUCUUUUUAAAUAUGUGAAAUCAGGGACUUGACAAUGAUGCUCGACUGUCCUUAGAGAAGGUCAUGUAUUUAAAUGUUUGUUUUGCCUUUGUACUGUACUGUACUGUACCAUACUGCACUGUGAUACAGUAAUUGCAAACAUCCACGUCUACUGUUCUGACGGUAGAUAAAACUCCAGAUAUUAUUUUAUGAGCUUGACUGAUCAGUGUGAGCCUGUAUGAUAUAUGAAUCAAGGAUCUAGUUAGCUUAACAUGUUACAUUCAUGGUGCUAUGAACUGACCACAAUGCAACCUGAUCACUCAGUGAAAUCAACACUGAACAUGAAUAUUAGAGAUUCCACAAGUGGAAUUUCUGGCAAGCCUUUCACUAUAAUGUUACCCAGCUCAGCCAGGUUUUAUUCUAAGCUUUGUUUUUACUACUUUUAUUUUUUAGGAAUUUUAGAAUUAUGUUUUGUAUGUUUACAAAAACUUCCUUCUCCUUGAAUAUUAUGAAACAUUUGUGCAUUAAAUUGUCCUGAUUA